AACAUAUGGUUUUACUCAUUUGCUAAUUAGUAAUAUAGGUAAAUGUGUCUGCUAAUUAGUUUAUCAUUUUAUAUCACUUUGCUUAUGGAUACCUACAAUAAUUAUUUUAUAAAUUAAGCUAUAUAAAAUGAUUUAAAUUCAUUCAGUAGUGACUCGAGAUUAAUUAAUUAGUGAUACUUUAAGCAUGGUUCAGUUUUGUUUUUUUUAAGAAACCUGAUUUCAUUAUAAAAUCGGAAAAUGAUAAAGAGUUGGACCAUGAUUCUUGAAAGAUAGAAGUCUAAACAAAUCGUAAAGUUGAGCCCACCCAAAACACAAAAUGAAAGCUCACCCACAAAUACAUAAAUCAGAAAAAAACACAAGAGAAAAACUCCAAAGCCCACCCCAACACCCACGGUAACCCAACCCAGAAAAAACCCAAACACACCAAACACCACAACCCAGCCCACAAAACAACCCAAGCAUGGUUCAGUUAAAUAAAAUAUAGUUAGAGAGGGAAUGCCCAGCCAGAUUUGUUGAAACUAAAUGGCCAACCUAUUCCCAUAAAAAAAAGGCCAACCUACACUACCUUGGGCGGAUCCUUCUCCACUCCCCCACCUCCUCUACUGCCCAGUAUCCGAUUUUUUGGAUCUUCUAUGAGGUGAAGGCUGCCGCAUUCCAAGCCAUUAUUUCUUUAUUAAAUACAUUCAUUAUGAUUUUCAUUUCAUGUUAAUUAGUGGUGGUGUGGGGUGGGCCGGGCCGGCCGGGUUGGCGCAUCAAAUAAUAAUUAGCAACUUUGAGAGGCAAUUUUGGACAAGAAUUGUUGACACAGUUGCAAUUAGCAAUGUUGUUAAAACGGAACCGGACAUCGAUCCGGAUUAGUAAAAGGUUCAAGGUUUAUCAAAUAACCGGUGGUUAAUCGAUAUUAAAAACCGAUCAUAAACCGGUGUUGACUUACUUGGUAGACUUAACAAUUAUUUUUUUUUACAAUUAUUGUUUCACUUAUUAGAGAUAAAAGAAUAAAGUGAGAAUUAUUAAAACUGAAAAAGCAUAAUUUGGGCGGCUGCUAGGUCUUUUUUGGGAAAAGUGAACUGAUUUUUCUUCUCUUUAUAUUUUAUUCUGUACUUACCUUCUUUUGUUUUUGAAUUUUUAAUUGCAACAAAAUAAAAGGAAGGCGCAUGUUUGAUUUUAAGAAGGUGGGUCGUUCCCCUCAAAAAAAAAAAAAAAAAAAAAGAGAAGGUGGGUCGUGAGUUCCAUGACACAGCCGCCUCUUGAACUCUAAAUGGCCAACCUUCUCCACUCCCCCACGAGGCCACAAAUCCUUCUCCACUCCCCCACUAUCCCACUUUCCACACACACACGUACUCCACUGCAUGCGGCCAAGUAAAUCACGUGUGUAGAAUCACUUUCUCUCCUUUAUAUAAUGGAGAUGCCACUUUCUCUCAUGUUACAAUUUUUCGUUUACUACUUCCCAUACAAAACACUUCGGUUCCAUUGACCGUGCAAAUUGCAUUCAAUAUGGCGGGCCUGCCUCAAUUCAAUCAGUAAGUACUGCUCAUGCAUCCAACAAAUACUACAUCAUGUAAUUUCGAUUCUUUUUCACUACUUACUGCCAAAACUUACAGUCCAAUAUAUAGGCUUCUCCAUGGUUUUAUUGCUAAUCUGCAAUAUGAUCAUGCUCUUGAAAUUUGUGAGCGUGCCGACACCAUCGAUCUCAUUAUGUUGCAAGUGGAUGUCGAAAAUCAGGUAACUAAACAAAUAAAUUUCUUUUUAAUCGUACGCCUUUUGUGGCAUGCUGCAUUUUAUCGAUUUGCUUUGACAAUAUUCGUUUCUGUGUUUACAUCAGGACACCUCUUUUUUGUUAUCCGGACGUGUAACGAAUUUGACGACGUCCUGGUCCCCUGCAUCUAGAAUCCAUUUCGUCCACCUCACAAUUGAGGACGAAUUCAUUGGUGUUGACAUCGUCUUCCCGUCAUCACAGUUACGAACGAUUAUUGGAUCUGUAUUCAGUCAUGCAGAUGUUGUCAAUGCUGACUAUAUGGCCCUUCUGAACAUGCUUGGAGAACAGACAUUUGAAGUCAUGGUCACAGUCGGUCCCUGGAACGAUGCAUUUGGUUAUUGUGAACUUGUGUUGGUGAAAUUAUUUUUGCAUUUGUUGAAUUGAGUACCAUGUCAUGAACAAUGAGACAAUGUCUUGAGUUUUCUUAUUUUGGACUUGCAUGUUAUUUGUCGUAAUACUCAACUAGAUUAGAUUUGUGAUUAGUAAGAUUUUAUGUAAGUAUUUUUAUCGUGAUUAGCUAAUCUUCAAAUGUAUUUCUAACUUAUUAUGAAUGUUCAUUCAAAUUACAUAUUCGUCUUCAACGAAUUGCAAAAUUGCAACAAUCUUAUGAUAAUAUAAAACAAGACUCAUUUCUUGACACUAUCAUUAUAGAUAUUGUAACUCCAUUUCCUUAAACAAAUACGGCCAACGGGCCGGGCUAUAGGCUAGUUUCUCUACUUACUACCUAACUCAAGGAAAUCCAAAGGAAAUAAAUUAAACCCACUUAUUCAUUUUUUUUAGUUUCCCAUUUUACUAGUUUGAAAUUCAACCUUCUUUUUUGGGAAAAUUUAAAGCCACUAUAAUUCUGUUCCUCCUUCCAUGGAAAUGUUAUUAUUAUUAUUAUUAUAAAUAAUUUACACAACCAUUUUUAUAUUCAAAAUACUCAAAAUUUUCCUUCAAACAGUUAAUGAAAAUAACAUUCUAACGCGUUAAUACAUUAUCUAACUAAUAUGCGAAAAUUACUCUAAUACUCGUCACUACGCGAAAUAGAUUGAUCAAUAGAAAUUAUGUGCAACAAUUGUGCAUGGUGAAAACUGGAAAAUAUGGUCUCAUACUGCACAGGCCACAGUGCACUCCACCCAAAAAAAAAAAAUCAUUCUCUCAAUUUUAUUUUCCUAAAAAAAAAACUUUUUCAUUAAAUAAUAAAAUUUAAUCUGUUCCAUCGUCCUGCUUUCGCUGUCCGCUGCCCCCUUUCCUUUUCUAAGGCAGGUUUUGCGACCUUGAAAAGCAAACAACUAGCUGCUGUUAGCUCUCUAUCCCAAAACUUACUCUCCGCCUCUCUCUCUCUCUCUCUCUAGCUUGCGCGCGCCUUUCCUUCUCUUAUAUCAUUCAUUCAGCAAGCGCAGCAUGAACUCAAUCUCCACCCCACCAUCAUAAUCGCCACAGCUCUAUCUGGAGCUUCAACCUCACAAAUUCAGACCCCUCUCUCUCUCUCUAUCGGUGCCUAAUUCUCAAUUAAUCCCCUGCCCCCAAAAUCAGUUAAGCAGAGUACUGCAACAAAUGAAAAUGGUGCCCAGCUCCGGCGCCGGCGCCGGUGGAAGGAAAGUGCUGGUCGGAGUGAAGUUAGACUGCCCGAGCAGGGAGCUACUGACUUGGGCUCUCGUCAAAGUUGCUGAGCCUGGGGAUGUCGUCAUUGCCCUCCAUGUCCUCGGCAGUAAUGAAAUUGUGGAUCGGGAAGGCAAGUCGCCACUUCUCUCCCUUGUGAAAGCUUUUGACUCUAUUCUCGCCGUCUAUGAAGGCUUCUGCAACUUGAAGCAGGUGGAUCUGAAGCUAAAGAUUUGCAGAGGAUCAUCAAUUAGGAAAAUACUGGUUCGAGAAGCAAAUUCAUACACAGCAACAAAACUCAUACUUGGAGCUGCCCCAAAUUACACAGUCCGCUCGCCGACCUCCGUGGCCAAAUAUUGCGCCAAGAAGCUUGCUGCCACUGAUUGUUCUGUUCUCGCAGUCCAUAAUGGGAAAGUGGUCUUUGAGCGACACUCUUCUCUUGUCGAUUCACAAGGGACAGAUUGUGGGAGGAAACCCCGCCAUGGCUUGCUCAACAAGAUCCACAGGUCAAUCUCCUUGCACAAGAACUCCAAAAUCAUGAGCGAAAAUGGUGGCAAUUUGGCGUCAGAUGAUGGUGGCCAGACUUUGCAGCAGGCCUUGGUGAAGGCUCGUUGUAAUAACAGUCUGGAGAAUGUCGUGAUGAAAGAUAGUUGCCUGGUUUGUGGGUCAGAAACCAAAGCAUCUUCUGAUAGACCUUGUAUUGAGGACUCUAAUGGAGAUGAAGGUGAAGGUUGCGACGAUUCUUUGGCCAUAGUGGCUGUACCAAAGGUGGAGGACACUACUACAAGUUCAAUUACUUUGUUGGUGAAGCAAUUGCCUGAAUCAAAACCUGGAUGGCCACUGCUCAGUCAUGUGGUAUCGUCAAAUCAUCAGAAACCUUCCACGGUGGGCAGAUCGUCGGUUAGGAAGAUCUCUGUGGUUCAAUGGGCACUGAGGCUACCCACUAGGCAGCUCUCUUCAUCGAUUCCUAGUUUGGAGUAUAAAUGUGAGGAAGAUAAUAAUAAUAAUGAUAAGUCUUCUUGUUUGGAUGAAGAAAGUGGUGCAAUUGUUCCUGUUGGUUUUGAGUCGUGGGGGACUUCGCCUUCUCCGGAUCGUAGCUUCAACACUUUGCCUAAAGAAUUAGAGGGCCUUCAUGAGAAAUACUCUGCAACUUGCAGAUUGUUCAAGUUCCUCGAACUCGCCUCGGCCACAUCUAAUUUCUUGCCAGAAAACUUGAUUGGGAGAGGUGGGAGCAGUCAGGUUUACAAAGGCUGUCUUCCUGAUGGGCAGGAACUCGCCGUGAAAAUCUUGAAGCCGUCUGAAGAUGUGUUGAAAGAGUUUGUUCUGGAAAUUGAAAUCAUUACUGCUUUGCAUCACAAGAACAUAAUUUCUCUCCUUGGGUUCUGUUUUGAGGACAAGCAUCUCCUCUUGGUUUAUGACUUGCUGUCCAGGGGAAGCCUGGAAGAGAAUCUUCAUGGUAAUAGAAAAGACACCGUUGGAUUCGGCUGGGGCGAGAGGUAUAGAGUGGCUGUAGGAGUUGCUGAGGCCUUGGAUUAUCUCCACAAUCACAGUGCUCAACCUGUAAUCCAUAGAGAUGUGAAAUCCUCAAACAUCCUAUUGUCUGAAGAUUUUGAGCCUCAGUUGUCUGAUUUUGGACUUGCUAAAUGGGCAUCAACCACUUCAUCCCAUAUAGUCUGUACUGAUGUCGCUGGAACUUUCGGUUACUUGGCUCCUGAAUACUUCAUGUUUGGCAAAGUUAAUGACAAGAUCGAUGUGUAUGCAUUUGGCGUUGUGCUCCUUGAGCUUCUUUCCGGAAGAAAGCCUAUUAGCAACGAUCACCCAAAAGGUCAAGAGAGCCUGGUCAUUUGGGCUAAACCGAUUCUUCAUGGUGACAAGAUUACCCAGUUAUUAGACCCAAGUUUGGGUAGCAACUAUGAUCAUGAUGUGAUUAAAAGGAUGGUCUUGGCUGCUACCCUCUGCAUUCGACGUGCCUCUCGAGCUAGGCCGCCUAUGAGCAUUGUUUCGAAGCUCUUGAAAGGCGACCCCGAAGUAACAAAGUGGGCGAACCAGCAAGUGAAUAUUGCUGCAGAGGACUCCGACUCUCUCGAUGAAGGAUCCAGCCCACGUUCUGACCUCAAAUCGCACCUUAACCUCGCACUGCUCGACGUGGACGACGAUUCACUCUCAAUGAGUAGCAUUGAGCAAAGCUUGUCCUUAGAAGAGUACUUGCAAGGCAGGUGGAGUCGGUCGUCCAGCUUCGACUAACCAGAACUCCUGCCAUCCAAAAUGGUGGAAGGAAGAAGAGGUGGUCUCCGAGUUCUCUCGGGUAAAACCGAAUUCGUUCACCUCUUAUGUAUAUGUGAAAUAUCUUUCACCCUCCCCUUUUAUGAGCUGGGUGUUCUUUCUUUCUUUCUUUCAAUUUGUCUGUCUGGUGUUGGAUGUGAGGUUGUUUGUGGUGGUUUCCCUCCUCCUUCCCCAUUGGCAAGUUUCAGUAGAGAGUGUGAUUCAUGGCUGUGACCCUCCUUUCUCAAUAUUUGUUUGAGACAAAGGGCCCAGCCUUUUAGCUUCUUCUCUGUUGUUUUGUUGCAAGAGCUGUGGGUUUUUGGCUAUGUGCACCCAUCUCUAUUUGUAAGGGUGAUGAACUGAUGAUGAUCACAAAAUGGAUCUUCAUUGCAGUAUCUAAGUGGUGGGUAAAAAACAGGAAAUAAGAAACAACUUUGGUGGUAGUUUCUUCAACGAGUUGGUGGUUGUUUCAUUUGUUUCUCUCUUUAUCUUUUUGUUCCUACCUUGUUUGUUUUGCUCGUUUCAAUUCAAUGUGGUGGUGUAGAAGAUCAACUUGAUGACCUCAUGGCUUGUUUUCUUCUCUUUCAAUUGUGUUUGUCCUAAUCCAUGGGGUUGAAGAAUAUAAAGUAAAGUAUAUGAUAAGAUCUUUUGUUUAUAUUGAUGACGAAAUAUUUUGUGAAUUGGAUAAUAAGACAUAGAUAUAGAUCAGAUACAGAUUGAUGACUAUUUUGUUCUAGUAUACUCUGCUGCUUAAGAAAUUAGGAUAAAUUAGUUUGGGUGGCUAUGGGUGGUCAAAAGUUUCAAGCAUGCAUAAUACUGCUUUUGGAGGGGAUUUCUUAAUGGCAAGUGGCCUUCUACUAAAGAAAAGGUAAAAUCAUUAGAUACUAUGGUCGUGUUAGUUAUUCGUAACGUAUGAAUCUUUGAUGAGAAUUUCUGAGUUUGUGGAAAUAGUUAGUUCAAUUACGAUUAUGUAAUAUAUAGAUCUUUGAUGAGAAUUUCUGAGUUUGAGGGGAAAAUAAUAGAAAUAGGCGAAGAGGAAGAAAACUAAAUUGGAUUCCAAUCUUUUCGGAUAUUGAACUUGAAAAUAAAUACACGCUUAUAGGAAUAACACCACAAAUCUCUAACCAUCUAUAGUCCUGUGUCGCCGGCCUCUCUUCUCCUUUUCAAAAUCCAGUUCCCUUUUUCUCAACUCACUAGAAACAAUAAGGGUUAAUAUUUUCGUAUGGCCUGAACUUUGACCAAAAUAAACAUCUUGGUCAAUC